UUGGCUAUGUUGGAUGUCAGUUACCGACGAGGCGGGAGCAAGAACAUUCCUCGCUGAUGGAAGAAAAGAGAAAGUUUCCAAGAUGGCCGGGCAGAGCUGCCUGUUCGCUGGGAAACAAUAGAAGCGGGGAAGAGGGACGCAGUUAACCCGAGCUGUGGCUCGCUCUCAGCCGUUCACUUUCCCGACUCGGGGAGCGGAUAAGAGGGAAUAUCCGCUGCGGUGAUGCGAAGUUAGUUAAAGUACGAACAUUUAUUUAAAUGUUUCAGGCCCGUCGAACCAAAACACAGCGGCUAACGGCUACAGGGCGGCGGAGGAUCAGCUGCUGUUCGCCGGACAGAUGCUGUAGGGAGAGCGGGCUGCUACAUUUUCACAUGAGUGCCGCUGUGACUGAAGGCCGUUAGCGAGACAAAGGUCGCCUCCAUGGAGCCAGCACAGGAGUCUUUGUAAAGGGCCAGGGGGGUGUAUAGACGCCUAGACUGACAGAGAGCCAUAAUCAGCAAACCUGAGGCGGGAGUUCACUGCAGGUCAUUAUUGAUGAUGGCGGAUUUUGUUACACCGCGACACAGCGCGGUGAUGGAGCGGCUCCGCCGGAGGAUCGAGCUCUUCCGGCAGCAUCACAACACCUGCGAAACCCGCUACGUUGGCGCGACGCAGGAGCGGCUGGAGCUGGAGCGGCCGAACACCAUCAACCUGCACCAGCGCUUGAUGCAGAACAAAGCCAAGCGGGCCAGCAAGCACCGGCAGCCCCAGCCCAGCAUCGACCAGGACGCCCAGAGAGCGUCGGGAGGCGGCGCGGAGAGCGGAGGGACGGCGGCGGAGCAGAGCCGGAACACCACCCGGGCAGCGCUGCACGAGGUGGUGAAGAGGAAGAUGGAGAGUGGCAGCUCCCCACUGAGCAACGGUUUACCUGAUGGCCUCUCCUCCAGUAAGAAAGCCUGUCUGGAUAACGGCCCUGCCAACGGCUCCACGAUGGACUCCAAGCUGGGCCUUGGUGAUCGGAACUCUAACGGGACCCACAGAUCGGCAGUGGAGCCAGUGGAUGUAGGCGUUGAACUGGACUUCCAUCAGAAAGAGAUGAAGCAGGAGCCUGAGGACAUGUUGCCCAUCAUGCCUCCAUCGGUAGCUGGUAACAACAGCCUGUUCCUGGACUUAAACCUGAAUGAGCAGGAGUGGAAGGAGCUGAUGGAGGAGCUGAAUUGCUCCGUAGACAUCCAGGACAUCCAGGACAUUCUGAACUGUGGGUUUGAGGAUCGGAAAGAUCCUUUGGAGCUGGCCCCGGCUCCAGUCGGAGGUGGAGCUGUGGGGGCUGGUGGGGGACAGUCAUCCCAGAGUCUGCUUCCAGACUUGUCCAGUGUCAAGGCAGAGUUUUCUCCAUCCUCAGCGGUCUUUGAGCAGGACUCUCGAACCGGCUCCCCACAUGUAAGGUCCACCUCUUCAGGACCACCUCCUCACCUCACCAGCUCUCCUGUUGCCUCCUCUUCUGCUUCCUCUCCAGUUCUUCCCCCAUCCCAGCCAGCUCCUCCCCCCAGGCAGCUCCAGCCUCCACCCAACCACCUCCUUCCUCCGGGACCCCCAGUCUCCAAAGACCUGUCCCCUGCUCAGCAGCUCCAGCAGCUGGCAGCCCAGCAACAAAGAGCCCAGCACAUCCAGGGCAAGAUGCAGCACAAACAGCCACAGCAAGGGGCCAAGUUCCACAACCAGGGGCCCCACAAUCACGCCCCGCCCUGGACUCAGAUGGCCAACAGCUCUCAGAGCUCAUUAGGGAGCACGUUUGGUAUGGACAAGCCUACCAGCCCCGCCCUGUACCCCUCAGACUUCAACCCUAACUCUCAAAAGCAGCUGCUGCUGCCCGCUCAGCCCAACAAAGGUUCGCCAAAGGCAGGCGCUGGCAGCUACAUGUCGGGGACUGCCGGGCCCCCCAACAUGCUGAGUCACCUGUCCUCAGUGCCCCCUCUGAGCCACCCACCUGCACAAGGUGCUCAGACCCCUGCAGCAAUUCUGAACUACAAGAACACCAUACCCCUGUCACACUUUGAGGCAGGACCCGGGCCGCCACGGCCCCCCAACUGCCAGAUCCAGGACAAGGCGGCCCUGCUGAAUCUGCUCCGACAGCAGCAGAAGAACAGCAUGAACUUCCGACAGCACAUCGCUCACUCACAGGAUCAGAACAACUUCUCUGCUCCUCCACACGUCACGGGCCCUGCUAACUCCAUGCCCUCGGGCCCCGGAAACAACCCCAUGACAGCACCGCAGGGGGCCAACGCCAUGGCAGGUAACCAUAGUAACGCUGCCUUCCUGAACAACCAGAUGGCAGCGCUGAAACAACAGCAGCAGCAGCAUAUCCUGGAACAGCAGAAGAAGCAGCAGCAGUACAUGCAGAGACAGCUCCUGGCUGAACAGGAGAAGCAACGUCAGCAGGACCAGCAGCUGCAGCGACAUCUGACCCGACCUCCCCCACAGUACCAGGACCAGACGGGACCAGCAGCAAAUCAGAACCCUUUCCCUCAGCAGUCAGUCGGACAGUUUACAACUUCUUCUCAGCCAAUGAGCAACAUCGGCUCCAUGGGAGGCCCCGCCCCAGGAUCCCGCAUGUUCCCUCAGAACCAAAGCAUGAUGGGAAUGAACAUGGGUCAGGGAGGGGGGCCGGGAGGUGGUGUUGCCCCACCCACUACAGUGAGUCAGCCUGACAUCAGUAUGCCAUCAUGUGGGGGCGGGGCCAGUGUGGACACUCUCUACAACAACAUGAACCUGCACCCCAACCAGCAGGCCAGCCUGCAGCGCCAGCCCCUGGGCCCCAUGACCACCCCUUACAGACAACUGCAGCAGCAGCAGCAGCUCCUGAAGCAGCAGCCCAACGCCGCCAUGUUGAAGCAGCAGCAGCAACUGGCCGCCACCCGCAUGCCAAACACCAUGCAGGGCAGCAUGGGGGGCAGGAUGGGUGGAUCCAUGCAGGGUGGGCAGGGCAACACCUGGCAGCAGCAGCCCUCCAGUAACGCUGGCCUGCACUCCAACGCUUUCAACAACAAUGCCUUCCACAUCCAGCAGCCUCACAUCCCCAAGAUGGCUGCUGGCGCCGCCUCCUUUGGUGCUAGCUCCGGUGGACGUCCAAUGACUGGUCUGAACGCCGCACAGCAGAUGAUGCAGACGAACAUGGCUGCCCAGCAGAGGGCGCCGCCAGCUGCUCAAAACCUGGGCCAGCAGCAGACUCAGCAGCAGCCAGCCGGUCAGAGCCAGGCCGUCCUCCCCGACCUGGCAGCAUUCGGACAGCCGCAGGGCAAUGGUCGCCAGGCGAUGCAGUGUAACCAAGGUUACCAGGUGAGCAGGACUGCCAGCCAGCAGCAGCAGGUGUCAUUCGGAUACAACGCGGCAGCGGGGAGCUUCGCCGCAGAAAGUGACCUGGUUGACUCGCUGCUGAAGGGUCAGAGCACGCAGGAGUGGAUGGCUGACCUGGACGAGCUGCUCGCCAGCCACCCGUAAGACACAAACCGCCCAAGUUAAAAAGGUUCUGAUCCGAUGUGUAGGAAGGUUCAGAUAGGAAGCGUGCGACAGUUUGUUUACAGGCUGAUAGACGGUUCACCGCACGCUGACCCCGUAUCAGCUGAUACCACCUGAUAUCUGACGUGUUGAAUGAUAAGACUCCGUUUAAAGCAACAUCUGAUUUACAGUGAAACGGCCCUCCUGGUAGAACAAGAUCGGAUCAGAACCGCCAUCAUCAUCCUCAUGUAACUCCAAGUUAAACCCAAAAGACUCACGACUGGACAAACUGAUCCGUUUUUAUUUUAGACAGUUUUUAAAAAAUGGCAUUAAAAGUUGGGUUUCAUGUUACUUCACUUCCUGGUCCUGCAAAAAGCCACGCCCCCUUCUGUCAGAAAGCAGAUGUUGACAUUUGAAUCAGAGUUGAUGCAACAUUUGUUGUGAUCGGAGCAAUAAAAGAAUGACACCAACGGAUUUAAUCUGUUGGUUCUAGGCGUUCUGAUAUCAAUGAUGUUGGUUCUGCUUGCUGAUUGGUGACCAGUCAGACGUCAGCUUGUGGUUAAACAUCCUCAGCAGGGGGACUGAGCUUCAUCGAAUUUACUUGAUCUGUUACUGGGUGAAGUAAUUAUUGGUUUUUGUUUCUUACAUUAAAGUUUUCCUGAGUCGAAAUCAUCGGGAAUGUUGGGAAAAGUCAUUUUCACCUUUACUGGGUUAGUUUACUUCAGUUUUUCUAUGAAAGCCAGAGACAUCACAUAAUCAUUGACUAAAACAUCUAAGACCCAGCCGUAGGUUUAUAUUUUAGGCUUUUAUUGCACCAAACGCCCCAUUAGUUUCAUUGACUCCCAACCAGAUGUGUUGAAUCUACCAGUUGUGAUGGAGACACCCCCCAUCCCAUAAUCAGUGACAGAUCUGGUUUAUAUCAGAGGAUUAAAGCUAUAGAAACCCUCUGAGACAGUUGGAUCACCUCCCUGGUCCCAGAAAAUGCCCCAAAAUGAUUCCCUGUUGUAGUUUUUGUGCCACGAAGCUGAGAGAAAAAAACAGUGAAGUUGGUAUUUUCUGGAUGUUGAUCUUGUUUAGCUCUGCUCUACCAGGAGUGUAAAUCAGAUUAAAAUGUCAGGCUGCAACCUGCAGUGUUUAAAGAUCGAGACUACUACUGAACCACUGUACUCGCCCCAACGGCGCCACCUGGAGGCCGGCAGCUCCUCUCUGACAUUCAGGAAACCUGCAGCAGCCUUGAUGUUCCUCGGUCCAUUAUGUCAGAAGGUUCAUUUUCAUACGUUAUGGAAAUUUAUGGAAACACAACACAAAUACUAACAUCUUCAACAAGAGUUUCUUCUGUUUAUGCAAAGUAGCUUUUCCUGCUUGGAUAUUUUUAGUUUGUCGCCUGCAGCUUGUUUCUGCCUCAUUCUGUCUUUAAAAAUGCGCCCGCAACCACUGCAUUAAUGUGCACGUUAAAAAUGAAUGUUAAGAUCUUUGUGCGCUCUGCAGGCGAAGAAACCUGCUGCAACGCUCCCUUUCAGAUGGUGUGGCCUAAAGCCCUGACAUCUGCUCUGCUGGGCUGCAUGUUGGUCUUCAGAAGGUUUCAGCUUCGGGGACUAAAAUAGAACUUCAGCUGCUGGUUGUUCAGCCCGUUUUUAUUUUACUCCUGCAGAGGAGGGCAGUUUUCACCUGAAACUGUUCAUCUAAAAACGGUCACUUUUGUGUCUAGUUGCAGUUAAUCUGCAGCAGGUAUAGACUGAAAAGGAAAGUGAAAAUAGUUUAAUCUUACAAAGUUAAACUUGGCUGGAACUGUUGGAGGCUCAGUAGAAGGUCAAUUUCCCAUUUAAAAACGUUGUGAUGUUUCUUUUCUGUUCCAGUGGUUUCUAACCUCGGACUCAGAGAGCCUCCUGGGUUUAAGGCGGCGUCGGAUUAUCUAAUGUACCGUUUCUGUCUCCUUCCAUGUUCCGAGUUUCUGCAGAUGACUUGUACAUUUGAUUUGUGACGGUUUCUACUCUGGUUGCAGAGUUUGGGCCCGCUGGCUUCUCUGGGCCUGUUGUGAACGGGCUCUGUGUAAAUGUCUAUAAAUAUAUUUUUGUUAUGUAAACCUUUCCUAAUGAUCUGGAGAAGAUAGAAGUUAUUUUUAUAUAUUGCAGCUGAAUUUUGUAAGUAUUUUAUACUUUUGAUAUGGUUCUCUGUAAAACAAGAGUAUUAUGUAAAUAUAGUUCUUUAGAAACAAA